AUGGUUCAUUACGCCUUUCUCACCUUUGAUUCAGCUGGACAUGUUUAUGGAAUCAUCAAUCUCGCGGACAAGAUAUUGCAAGCCAAUCCGGAUGUGACUGGAACCAUCUACAUCGCCUGCACCAAGUCAAGCAAAUGGGUAACGACCAACGUGGGAAGCAACCCGCUUCAUCGUUUGAGAGUUAUCAAGCUUUAUGUGGAGCCUGAUGGUGACGAUAUUAAUGUUCCUUUUAUUUAUUCGCUGGAGCAGCCUGAUCAACUUGCCAACGACAUGGUGGAUGGUAUCAAAAACAAUAUAGGCAAUUGCUCGUCAAUAGGAGAAGAAGGGCACCCUGUGGCAACUAUAACCGACAUGUAUGGAUCUCAUUGGGGAUUGCUAGCGGCAAGAAAGCUUGGGGUCAAGUCGUACAUUUACAUGCCUACUCCAAUCUUGAAGUGGUCAGUGCUACGGCUACUUCCUCAAGUGCGCGAUAAGGGACUUGAUCCACAACAUGGUACAUUGACGAUUCCUCACUAUCGUACACUCCAACACGCACAAUUACCUCAAAUGGGUGAUAUGAUUGAUGCUUUGGUUGAUCAAUGCGAGCAAGCAAAAUACCAUGAUGGCAUGCUUACCCAUGAUCAAGAGGAGACCUAUAGCAUUGAUUAUAUCACAUCCCUACAUCAAUUUAUCCCAAAGACUUGA